AUUUUCUGUAACAAGCGUCGCUAAAACUUACGAUAUUCUAAAUUCUUACACCUGAUUCGAAAUGGGCGAAAGAACUCCUGUGUCCGCCGAAGAAACUUUAGUUCGUUAUGAUAAUCCCGUGUUAGUGACUAAACAACCAGAGAAAGCGGUUUCCCCUGGUGUUGUCGCCGCUGCGCAACCGUGCAUUCCCACCGAAGCUAAACGGGAGACUGAAGAAAUAUUGAACGCAAUCUUACCUCCAAAAGAAUGGGAAGAAGAUGGACAGAUAUGGACACAGAAGAUUUCUUCGACCCCUGCCACUCGACUAGACGUUAUAAACCUUCAAGAGAUGCUGGACACUCGUUUACAGCAACGGCAAGCGAGAGAGACUGGUAUUUGUCCAGUACGCAGGCAACUAUAUACACAGUGUUUCGACGAGUUGAUUCGUCAGGUAACAAUCAAUUGCGGCGAAAGAGGACUGUUGCUGUUAAGAGUACGCGAUGAAGCAAGAAUAACUAUGGAAGCAUAUCAAACUCUGUACUGUAGUUCAAUUGCCUUUGGUAUGAGAAAAGCCUUGCAGUCAGAACAAGGUAAAUCCGACCUUAUGGAUCAAGUUGCUAAGUUGGAAGCAGAACGUUCAUCUCUCGAGAAGCAGUGCAUGGAGUUGAAACAAAAGACGGAGCAACUGGAACGCCGCGCGGCCGAGUUGCGAGCGGCCGAAGAGAAACGCCAUCAAGAAGAGUUGCUGGCUUUGAAGAAGACUAAUGCACAAUUGAAGGCGCAACUAGAGGGUAUCAUCGCUCCAAAGAAAUAAUCUCCUUUGAUGAUGAAGUUAUACAUAAUAUGUACUUUAAUAUUUAUAAGAUACUUUUGUUGCUCUUAGUAGAUAUAAUAGAAUUUAAAUUGUGUUUUAAUAUUAUAAUAUCAAUAAUUAAAUAUUACAAAGGACUUACUGUGUUUAACUCUAUUGAAAUCAAACUAUUUUAUUUAUUUUAUUAAAAUAUAUAUUAAACCAUUUAAUUGGGACAAACAUACAAUAUUUUCAUUAGUUUACAAUCAUACACUAAGAGCCUUAAAAAGGUAUAAAGGACACACAUAAAAACAUUCUUUCAUUCAAUAUAACUACCUCACGAUACUUUAAUUAAAUAUUAUUCAAAACAGUUUACAUUUUCAUAGUCACAGCUGAAAUAUACAUUUGAUUGAGAUUUAAAACUGUAGACAGGAUAUACAGACGCGAGAACAAAAAAUAAUUUACGGCCAUUCCAGGUAAGAAUAUAAUUUUUCUAUUGUACAAACACAUUACCGUAUAUAUAAUAAAAUAAUAAAAAUAGAAUGAGCCGGAAUUACAAUCGUAACAAUAAUUAAAAUAUAAAAACAUUGCAUAAAAUCCAUUUGAGAAUUAAGGCACCACAUACAUAAAAGUAACUAAAAUUAAUAAAACAUUAAAUUAAAAUACUAGAACACCAGUAAACACGAAAGAAUACUGUACGAAUUCAACAUAUUACAUGUUAAAUUUAUUACAUAUAAAAUAAGAAAUAUUAUGAUAUAACAAUAGUUCAUUUAUGUUUAUAAACUAUCAACUUUACAUGGAUGCGGAGCGACGUUGCUCUGUGAUGCCAUAAUACGGAUGCCAAACACUUAAAGGAUGGGUGUGACUACUACAUCUAUCCAUGGAAUUAUAAUAUCUCGUCAACAUUUUCGAUAUGUCCAUAAACUACUAAGCAUGACCGCACACGUUCGAUUUGCAUUGUUUUCUAGUUAUUCCGUAAGAGCAUUACCGAAUACGUAACACUCGCGUUCAAGUAUAAAAAAAUUGUCCUAAUUCGAAUAAAAUAACUUGAAGGCUGAUGCUAUAUUCAACGGAUCUUUACUUGCCAAGAUUCCGCUGUGGAAAAAUUAGCUUAAGUACACGUUUUUGCGUCGAUUAUAAAAACAAAUCGAAUGUGUACAAUCUUUGCCCAUUAUACAAACAUGCCCCUUAAACUUUCUCUUAACAGGUACAGCAUCAUCAUAAUACAGUCAAACAUUAAAACUUGCACGGAAUGAAAAAUAAUUAAAAUUAAAUACGUAAAGUACUGUAAGAAUAUUGUUCUACAUCAAAAUAGACAACGAUUACUUAUAGUAAAAACCUAGAAUCUCCGUCGAAAAAUAAAGUAUAAAAAAUUGUGAUCAAUUUGAAAUGCGUUCAAGUGCAGCUCGUUGGUGGAUUUCUUCAAGUCUCUCUCUAAGUAACACAAGAAGUCGGUGGAAUUCUAAAGUUAUUAUCACAGUUCAUAAUACAAAAAAGUAGAUGGAAAACUCGUUCAAUGAAUGAUACGUCGCUGUUCGUUUCGUUGAAGAAAUCUACAAUCGAGUUCGUUCGGUUCGUUAGCCAAUGCGCUGUCAUGGAGUUACUUUGUAUUCGGUCCUAUAGGACCAAUGAGGAAAGGGGCGUUCCUUUUUAAGUAUUGUAUAUUAAAAGGGGCGUUACCCUUUUAGUAAUAAUAAGUUUCCUAUUUGGACGUAAGGAGUAUUCCAGUUUGGGAUGAACCGGUUUCGAUGGAGAUGAGCAAGUGAAGAGAUCUGGUUUAUUGUUGUUCCGUAUAGGCGGUGAGUCUAUCAGCAGGCCCUACAGGGAUUGCAGUGACACGGCCGGCGCCUCCAUCCAGUAAAGGAUUGACGACUUGCACGAUGUCAGGUUGCAGCGAAUUGUCACCGCCUUCGACCUCACCGUCCCCUAAAUUAAUUCCCGCCUCUUCUAGAUCCGGCGCGGUCUCGCUACUAGGACUAGUUGUCAAUUCCAAUGAUAUGAUUCUCUCUUGCGUUGUCUCCACCUGUGGGGUUUUUAAAAUUAUGAUCCUCAUAAUCGUUUCUAAGUUUCCUUUGCAAGAGAUUUCGUAUGAAUACUAAUGAAUGAUAAUAUGGCAUUUCGAUGACAAAGAAUCAAAUUAGCUUCAUUGUUACCGAUGAAAAAUGUGGCGCUACAAUCUCCUCAAAUUAUGUUUUAUGCUACAGUGUAUAAAAAUUAUGUAGGGGAGAGCGGGGCUGAAAGUGGCGUUUUUGACAAAUUGCUAGAUAAAUCGUAGAAGACGAAUGAUAAGGUUAAUUUUUAGGCUAUCUUAGGGAAAAUUUAAUAUUUUGUAUUUUUAAUAAGUCUUUAUAGAAAAUCAUAUUGGUAAAAUCAUGGGGUUGGUUGUGCCGUACAUAAUAUUUACAUGGAUAAAAAUAGAUUUUAGAAUUAAAAACCACAACAUAAGAUAGCUUUACUUUUAUUUAUAGUAAACCUUAACACCAAAAAUGAUUUCUUGAGACCAAAAAGUAUGAAUGAAAAAAUAUUUACCAAUGUGGUAUUAAAGGAUCACCGCACACACUGCCACUAGGUCCAAGUAUCUGGAGCAAUUAUAAUAACCGCCGAGCAUGCGCUAGAUUUCCAAACAAUAGACAAAAUUCGAACAUAUAAUUUAUCUAUUUCUGCUUUUUAGAUAUUUCCAUCGCAACAACUUACCCCCGGCACUUUCAACCCCGCUCUCCCAUACAAAAAUUGGUGACGAAGCCAUGUUUCGUUUAAUACAAUUUUUGUUGUAUUUGUUCAUUGAAUGUAUUAGCACCAAAAUUAUUAUAGGUAGACCGCUUGACUGAGUCCUCACCUCUCACGGUCCUUGUUCUCCCCCCAUAGAGAUAUAAGAAUAGAGUGGGGAAGGCAGCACUAAAAG